GAAGCCGCCCGUUUCCUGCCGAGCGGCGCGACGGCACCUGAGCGACUGCGGCGGCGGCGGCGGCGGCGCCUCGGAGCGGGCGGCCCGGGCUGUAGUGCCGGCGCCGCCGCGUCUUCCCGGUCUCCCGGGCCGCACAGGGUGAGGGUGAGCAGGCCGCACCGGGACGGGCGCCGGCGGCGGGGAGCGCGGGGGGAGGCGGCGCCGGCCGCGGGGUCCUGGGGCAGGCGGGAGGGCCGCGCCGGGCGGGGGGGGCGCGGCCGCGGGGCCCGGACGCCGCCCACUGGGUAGGCCUCGGGCAUCCGGUCGCCGCCGCGGGGCUCUUGCUGGGGCCGGGACGCCGCAGGGGGCGGGCUCGGAGGGACCUCCUCGGCCUCGCGGGGCCACUCUGGGCCCGACCCCGGCUCUGUCGCGGCACCCGGGGCGCGGCCGAGGGACACCCCCCACCCUCCCCAAGGACGACUCUCCCGAAGGCGAGGUCGACCCGAGCGGGCCCUGGGGUGACCGAGGCACCUAUUUUUAGCCAAGCCUGAGGGCCCCCGGGAGGGAAGGCGGAUUGCCGCCUCCUCGGCCGGUGGACGGAGGCAGCGCGUCUCCGGCGGCGUCCCCGGGCCGGAGCUGGGCCACACUUACGCCAUGCUGGAGUUCCAGUCCUCGCCGCUGCCUCCGGCGGUCUGGGCGCUCGCCCCCUUCCCCGGCGCCCCUCCCGCUGCCCUUUGCGAGUCCCCAGGUCAGGGCGGGAGGCGGUUGGGCACGGAAAGCAGCAUGAGGGGGGACUUUGGAAAAAUCCGUGGACCACCCUCGACACCGGCGAAGUUAUCCCUUCCUGUCCCCGAGGGGUGUGUCUUAGCGAUUUGGCCUGACCCCUUCAGUUUCCAAAAGUAGAUUUUCGUUCCGUCACCCAGGCUGGAGUGCAGUGGUGUGACCUUGGCUUGCUGCAGCCCUUUGCCUCCUGGGUUCAAGUGAUUCUCAUUGCCUCAGCCUCCUAAGUAGCUGGGAUUACAGGUUUUAUAGGAUCACAUUGACAAAAGUACCAUGGAGUUUUAUGAGUCAGCAUAUUUUAUUGUUCUUAUUCCUUCAAUAGUUAUUACAGUAAUUUUCCUCUUCUUCUGGCUUUUCAUGAAAGAAACAUUAUAUGAUGAAGUUCUUGCAAAACAGAAAAGAGAACAAAAGCUUAUUCCUACCAAAACAGAUAAAAAGAAAGCAGAAAAGAAAAAGAAUAAAAAGAAAGAAAUCCAGAAUGGAAACCUCCAUGAAUCCGACUCUGAGAGUGUACCUCGAGACUUUAAAUUAUCAGAUGCUUUGGCAGUAGAAGAUGAUCAAGUUGUACCUGUUCCAUUGAAUGUCGUUGAAACUUCAAGUAGUGUUAGGGAAAGAAAAAAGAAGGAAAAGAAACAAAAGCCUGUGCUUGAAGAGCAGGUCAUCAAAGAAAGUGACGCAUCAAAGAUUCCUGGCAAAAAAGUAGAACCUGUCCCAGUUACUAAACAGCCCACCCCUCCUUCUGAAGCAGCUGCCUCGAAGAAGAAACCAGGGCAGAAGAAGUCUAAAAAUGGAAGCGAUGACCAGGAUAAAAAGGUGGAAACUCUCAUGGUACCAUCAAAAAGGCAAGAAGCAUUGCCCCUCCACCAAGAGACUAAACAAGAAAGUGGAUCAGGGAAGAAGAAAGCUUCAUCAAAGAAACCAAAGACAGAAAAUGUCUACGUAGAUGAACCCCUUAUUCAUGCAACUACUUAUAUUCCUUUGAUGGAUAAUGCUGACUCAAGUCCUGUGGUAGAUAAGAGAGAGGUUAUUGAUUUGCUUAAACCUGACCAAGUAGAAGGGAUCCAGAAAUCUGGGACUAAAAAACUGAAGACUGAAACUGACAAAGAAAAUGCUGAAGUGAAGUUUAAAGAUUUUCUUCUGUCCUUGAAGACUAUGAUGUUUUCUGAAGAUGAGGCUCUUUGUGUUGUAGACUUGCUAAAGGAGAAGUCUGGUGUAAUACAAGAUGCUUUAAAGAAGUCAAGUAAGGGAGAAUUGACUACGCUUAUACAUCAGCUUCAAGAAAAGGACAAGUUACUCGCUGCUGUGAAGGAAGAUGCUGCUGCUACAAAGGAUCGGUGUAAGCAGUUAACCCAGGAAAUGAUGACAGAGAAAGAAAGAAGCAAUGUGGUUAUAACAAGGAUGAAAGAUCGGAUUGGAACAUUAGAAAAGGAACAUAAUGUAUUUCAAAACAAAAUACAUGUCAGUUAUCAAGAGACUCAACAGAUGCAGAUGAAGUUUCAGCAAGUUCGUGAGCAGAUGGAGGCAGAGAUAGCUCACUUGAAGCAGGAAAAUGGUAUACUGAGAGAUGCAGUCAGCAACACUACAAAUCAACUGGAAAGCAAGCAGUCUGCAGAACUAAAUAAACUACGCCAGGAUUAUGCUAGGUUGGUGAAUGAGCUGACUGAGAAAACAGGAAAGCUACAGCAAGAGGAAGUCCAAAAGAAGAAUGCUGAGCAAGCAGCUACUCAGUUGAAGGUUCAACUACAAGAAGCUGAGAGAAGGUGGGAAGAAGUUCAGAGCUACAUCAGGAAGAGAACAGCGGAACAUGAGGCAGCACAGCAAGAUUUACAGAGUAAAUUUGUGGCCAAAGAAAAUGAAGUACAGAGUCUGCAUAGUAAGCUUACAGAUACCUUGGUAUCAAAACAACAGUUGGAGCAAAGACUAAUGCAGUUAAUGGAAUCAGAGCAGAAAAGGGUGAACAAAGAAGAGUCUCUACAAAUGCAGGUUCAGGAUAUUUUGGAGCAGAAUGAGGCUUUGAAAGCUCAAAUUCAGCAGUUCCAUUCCCAGAUAGCAGCCCAGACCUCCGCUUCAGUUCUAGCAGAAGAAUUACAUAAAGUGAUUGCAGAAAAGGAUAAGCAGAUAAAACAGACUGAAGAUUCUUUAGCAAGUGAACGUGAUCAUUUAACAAGUAAAGAAGAGGAACUUAAGGAUAUACAGAAUAUGAAUUUCUUAUUAAAAGCUGAAGUGCAGAAAUUACAGGCCCUGGCAAAUGAGCAGGCUGCUGCUGCACAUGAAUUGGAGAAGAUGCAACAAAGUGUUUAUGUUAAAGAUGAUAAAAUAAGAUUGCUGGAAGAGCAACUACAACAUGAAAUUUCAAACAAAAUGGAAGAAUUUAAGAUUCUAAAUGACCAAAACAAAGCAUUAAAAUCAGAAGUUCAGAAGCUACAGACUCUUGUUUCUGAACAGCCUAAUAAGGAUGUUGUGGAACAAAUGGAAAAAUGCAUUCAAGAAAAAGAUGAGAAGUUAAAGACUGUGGAAGAAUUACUUGAAACUGGACUUAUUCAGGUGGCAACUAAAGAAGAGGAGCUGAAUGCAAUAAGAACAGAAAAUUCAUCUCUGACAAAAGAAGUUCAAGACUUAAAAGCUAAGCAAAAUGAUCAGGUUUCUUUUGCCUCUCUAGUUGAAGAACUUAAGAAAGUGAUCCAUGAGAAAGAUGGAAAGAUCAAGUCUGUAGAAGAGCUUCUGGAGGCAGAACUUCUCAAAGUUGCUAACAAGGAGAAAACUGUUCAGGAUUUGAAACAGGAAAUAAAGGCUCUAAAAGAAGAAAUAGGAAAUGUCCAGCUUGAAAAGGCUCAACAGUUAUCUAUCACUUCCAAAGUUCAGGAGCUUCAGAACUUAUUAAAAGGAAAAGAGGAACAGAUGAAUACCAUGAAGGCCGUUUUGGAAGAGAAAGAGAAAGACCUAGCCAAUACAGGGAAGUGGUUACAGGAUCUUCAAGAAGAAAAUGAAUCUUUAAAAGCACAUGUUCAGGAAGUAGCACAACAUAACUUGAAAGAGGCCUCUUCUGCAUCACAGUUUGAAGAACUUGAGAUUGUGUUGAAAGAAAAGGAAAAUGAAUUGAAGAGGUUAGAAGCCACGCUAAAAGAGAGGGAGAGUGAUCUUUCUAGCAAAACAAAGCUGUUACAGGAUGUACAAGAUGAAAACAAAUUGUUUAAGUCCCAAAUUGAGGAGCUUAAACAACAAAACCACCAACAGGCAUCUUCUUUUCCCCCUCAUGAAGAAUUAUUAAAAGUAAUUUCAGAAAGAGAGAAAGAAAUAAGUGGUCUCUGGAAUGAGUUAGAUUCUUUGAAGGAUGCAGUUGAACACCAGAGGAAGAAAAACAAUGACCUUCGGGAGAAAAACUGGGAAGCAAUGGAAGCAUUGGCAUCAACUGAAAAAAUGCUGCAGGACAAAGUGAACAAGACUUCCAAGGAAAGGCAGCAACAGGUGGAAGCUGUUGAGUUGGAGGCUAAAGAAGUUCUCAAAAAAUUAUUUCCAAAGGUGUCUGUCCCUUCUAAUUUGAGUUAUAGUGAAUGGUUGCAUGGAUUUGAAAAAAAGGCAAAAGAAUGUAUGGCUGGAACUUCAGGGUCAGAGGAGGUUAAGGUUCUAGAGCACAAGUUGAAAGAAGCUGAUGAAAUGCACACAUUGUUACAGCUAGAGUGUGAAAAAUACAAAUCCGUCCUUGCAGAAACAGAAGGAAUUUUACAGAAGCUACAGAGAAGUGUUGAGCAAGAAGAAAAUAAAUGGAAAGUUAAGGUCGAUGAAUCACACAAGACUAUUAAACAGAUGCAGUCAUCAUUUACAUCUUCAGAACAAGAGCUAGAGCGAUUAAGAAGCGAAAAUAAGGAUAUUGAAAAUCUGAGAAGAGAACGAGAACAUUUGGAAAUGGAACUAGAAAAGGCAGAGAUGGAACGAUCUACCUAUGUUACAGAAGUCAGAGAGUUGAAGGCACAGUUAAAUGAAACACUCACAAAACUUAGGACUGAACAAAAUGAAAGACAGAAGGUAGCUGGUGAUUUGCAUAAGGCUCAACAGUCACUGGAGCUUAUCCAGUCAAAAAUAGUAAAAGCUGCUGGAGACACUACUGUUAUUGAAAAUAGUGAUGUUUCCCCAGAAACGGAGUCUUCUGAGAAGGAGACAAUGUCUGUAAGUCUAAAUCAGACUGUAACACAGUUACAGCAGUUGCUUCAGGCAGUAAACCAACAGCUCACAAAGGAGAAAGAGCACUACCAGGUGUUAGAGUGAAGUAAUUGGGAAACUGUUCAUUUGAGGAUAAAAAAGGCAUUGUAUUAUAUUUUGCCAAAUUAAAGCCUUAUUUAUGUUUUCACCCUUUCUACUUUGUCAGAAACACUGAACAGAGUUUUGUCUUUUCUAAUCCUUGUUAGACUACUGAUUUAAAGAAGGAAAAAAAAAAGCCAACUCUGUAGACACCUUCAGAGUUUAGUUUUAUAAUAAAAACUGUUUGAAUAAUUAGACCUUUACAUUCCUGAAGAUAAACAUGUAAUCUUUUAUCUUAUUUUGCUCAAUAAAAUUGUUCAGAAGAUCAAAGUGGUAAAGACAAUGUAAAAUUUAACAUUUUAAUACUGAUGUUGUACACUGUUUUACUUAACAUUUUGGGAAGUAACUGCCUCUGACUUCAACUCAAGAAAACACUUUUUUGUUGCUAAUGUAAUCAGUUUUUGUAAUGGCGUCAGCAAAUAAAAGGAUGCUUAUUAUUCACA